GGAGGAGGUUCUGUGGGUGAGGGGCGCUCUGAUUCUUCUACUCACCGGAGCUGCCAGCGAAGGAGCGGGACGGAGGGGGGCAAUGUAUGACCGGAGCCGUCUGCCCUGAGACGGGGAGCGCUAUGAGGCACUAUCUAGCAAGCUAAACGGGCACCAACAUGGCUCAAUUUGCCGCGGCUCCUUUUGGAGCAGGGAAUUUGGACAUCUGGGCCAUAACAGUGGAGGAGAGAGCUAAACAUGACCAGCAGUUCCAUGGACUCCAACCAACCGCUGGCUACAUCACUGGAGAUCAGGCCAGAAACUUCUUCCUCCAGUCUGGACUUCACCCGCCAGUUCUUGCACAGAUAUGGGCUUUAGCUGAUAUGAACAAUGAUGGUAAAAUGGACCAGCUGGAAUUCUCCAUAGCGAUGAAACUGAUUAAGCUAACACUACAAGGUUACCCACUGCCCUCCGCCCUCCCCGCUGCCAUGUUGAAGCCACCAGUAACUGUACCCACACCAGCCGCAUUUGGUAUGGUUGGAAUCACUGGCAUGCCGCCUCUUGCAGCUGUAGCCACUGUGUCAAUGCCUCCUAUCCCUGUAGUGGGGAUGUCUCCUCCUCUAGUGUCUUCUGUUCCUGGUACUGCAGUGCAGCCUCUGGCUAACGGAGUCCCUGCCGUAAUCCAGUCACUUCCUGCUUUUGCUCACUCUGCCACUUUGCCAAAGAGUUCAUCGUUUGGUCGUUCAGCUGCUGGAGGUCAAGUUAACCCGAAACUUCAGAAAGCCCAGUCUUUUGAUGUCGUUAUCCCUCCUCCUGCAGCUGAAUGGGCCGUGUCGCAGUCUUCAAGAUUAAAGUAUAGACAAUUGUUCAACAGCCAUGACAAAACCAUGAGUGGCCAUCUUACAGGUCCCCAAGCUAGAACUAUUCUUAUGCAAUCUAGUUUGCCACAAGCCCAGCUGGCGACAAUUUGGAAUCUUUCAGACAUUGAUCAAGAUGGGAAGUUAACAGCAGAAGAGUUCAUCUUGGCUAUGCACUUAAUAGACAUGGCAAUGUCUGGUCAGCCACUCCCUCCAGUGCUGCCCCCAGACUAUGUGCCCCCAUCGUUCAGGAGAGUUCGGUCUGGCAGUGGCAUUUCCAUAAUGAGCUCUGUGUCAGUUGAUCAGCGUUUACCAGAAGAACCAGCAGAAGAGGAGCCUCAACCUGCAGACAAGAAAUUGUCUGUGACCUUUGAAGAUAAGAAGCGGGAGAACUUUGAACGCGGUAACCUAGAAUUGGAGAAAAGGAGGCAGGCUUUGUUGGAGCUGCAGCGGAAAGAGCAGGAGCGCCUUGCUCAGCUGGAACGGGCUGAACAGGAGAGGAAGGAACGGGAAAGGCAGGAACAUGAGAGAAAGCGCCAACAAGAGCUGGAGAAACAGCUGGAGAAGCAGCGAGAGCUGGAACGUCAACGAGAAGAAGAGCGGAGGAAAGAAAUAGAGCGGAGAGAGGCUGCAAAGCGAGAACUUGAGCGUCAGAGACAGCUGGAGUGGGAGCGGAAUCGGCGUCAGGAGCUCCUGAACCAGAGAAACAAGGAGCAGGAAGACAUUGUUAUGCUGAAGGCCAAAAAGAAGACUUUGGAGUUUGAGCUGGAAGCUUUGAAUGAUAAAAAGCAUCAGCUCGAAGGAAAACUUCAAGACAUUCGAUAUCGAUUGACCACACAGCGACAGGAAAUAGAAAGUACAAAUAAGUCCAGAGAGCUGAGGAUUGCUGAAAUCACACACUUACAGCAGCAGCUUCAGGAGUCUCAGCAGCUGCUUGGAAAAUUGAUUCCCGAGAAACAGUUCCUAAAUGACCAAUUAAAACAGGUUCAGCAGAACAGUUUGCAAAGAGAUUCCCUCCUAUCUAUAAGAAGAGCUUUGGAUGCAAAGGAAAUGGGCCGUCAGCAACUCAGAGACCAGCUUGAUGAAGUGGAGAAGGAAACCCGGGCAAAACUUCAAGAGAUCGAUGUCUUCAAUAACCAGCUUAAGGAACUGCGGGAAAUGCACAGUAAGCAGCAGUUGGAAAAGCAGAAGGACGUGGAAGUGGAAAGGAUGAAGCAGAAGGAGCAGGAGAGGAAGGUCAUUGAGCUGGAGAGACAGAAGGAGGAGGCUCAGAGGAAGGCCAUUGAGCAGGAUAAACAGUGGCAGGACCGUGUGAAGCAAGAGGAGGAGCUGCCACGACACAAACUGCUUCAGGACGAGGAGAAACAGAAACGGGAAGACUCUAUUAAAAGAAUGGAGGAAGAGCGAAAACUGGAGGCUCAGGAAAAAGCCAGCAAACUUUUCCAGCAAGCUCCGGAGCCAAUGAUACCAGGAGGACAGGUGCCCUGGACAGGUACAGAGAAAGCACCACUAAUGAUUUCACAGGGGAAUGUAAAGGUUGUAUAUUACCGGGCACUCUAUCCUUUCGAUGCCAGAAGUCACGAUGAGAUCACUAUCCAGCCUGGUGACAUUGUCAUGGUGGAUGAGAGUCAAACUGGGGAGCCUGGAUGGCUGGGAGGAGAACUGAAAGGGAAAACUGGCUGGUUUCCUGCCAAUUACGCCGAGCGACUGCCUGAGAGCGAAUCUCCAAACACAGCCAAGCAAGUAGCCGACACUACAGCCAAAACCACUGUCCACUUGAAACCGUCCACAGCCACAUCAUCAGCUUUUACUGAUACAUCUACAAAUGCCAACAACUGGGCUGACUUCAGCUCAACGUGGCCAACUAAUAAUGAGAAAGCAGAGACUGAUAACUGGGAUACAUGGGCAACUCAACCUUCACUGACUGUACCGAGCGCCGGGCAGAUCCGACAACGUUCUGCUUUUACCCCUGCCACUGUAACCGGUUCUUCUCCUUCCCCUGUACUUGGACAGGGUGAAAAGGUGGAAGGACUUCAAGCACAGGCCUUAUAUCCAUGGAGAGCCAAAAAAGACAACCAUCUAAACUUCAAUAAGAAUGACAUCAUCACUGUUCUAGAACAACAGGACAUGUGGUGGUUUGGAGAGGUCCAAGGUCACAAGGGCUGGUUUCCCAAAUCAUAUGUGAAGCUCAUUUCAGGUCCUCUUAGGAAGUCUACAAGUAUUGACUCAACGUCUUCAGAAAGUCCGGCCAGUUUAAAGAGAGUCUCAUCACCAGCAUUCAAGCCAACUGUCCAACAAGGUGAAGAAUACAUAGCGAUGUACACAUACGAGAGCAAUGAACAAGGAGAUCUGACCUUCCAGCAAGGCGAUAUGAUAGUAGUCAUUAAGAAAGAUGGAGAUUGGUGGACAGGAACAGUGGCAGAUAAAACCGGUGUCUUUCCUUCCAACUACGUCAGACUAAAAGAUUCAGAGGGUGUUGGGAUAGCAGGUAAAACGGGAAGCCUUGGAAAGAAACCAGAAAUUGCCCAGGUUAUUGCCCCUUAUGCGGCUACCGGUCCUGAGCAGCUGACCCUGGCUCCUGGCCAACUGAUCCUGAUUAGGAAGAAGAACCCCGGAGGCUGGUGGGAAGGAGAGUUACAGGCCCGUGGGAAGAAGAGACAGAUUGGUUGGUUCCCUGCCAACUAUGUUAAACUUUUGAGCCCUGGUACAAAUAAGAGCACCCCUACAGAUCCUCCAAAACCAGCAGUGUUACCGACCACAUGCCAGGUUAUUGGGAUGUAUGAUUACAUUGCACAGAAUGAUGAUGAGCUGGCCUUUUCCAAGGGUCAGGUGAUCAACGUACUGAACAAAGAAGAUCCAGACUGGUGGAAAGGUGAACUGAACGGUCAAGUGGGUCUCUUCCCAUCCAACUACGUCAAGCUGACUACAGACAUGGACCCCAGCCAACAGUGGUGUGCAGACCUCCAUCUCCUGGACAUGUUGAGUCCUGCAGAGAGAAAACGUCAGGGUUAUAUUCACGAGCUGAUUGUGACUGAGGAGAAUUAUGUGAAUGACCUCCAGCUGGUCACAGAGACGUUCCAGAAGCCGUUGCUGGAAUCAGAGCUGUUAACCGAGAAGGAAGUGGCAAUGAUAUUUGUCAACUGGAAGGAGCUAAUCAUGUGCAAUAUUAAACUGCUCAAGGCUUUGCGAGUUCGCAAAAAGAUGUCUGGUGAGAAGAUGCCUGUAAAGAUGAUUGGUGACAUAUUGACAGCUCAGUUACCGCAUAUGCAGCCAUACAUCCGCUUCUGUAGUUGCCAGUUAAACGGUGCCGCCCUCAUCCAGCAGAAAACCGAUGAAGUGCCAGAGUUCAAGGACUUUGUCAAGAGGUUAGCUAUGGAUCCUCGAUGUAAAGGAAUGCCUCUGUCCAGCUUCAUUCUCAAACCUAUGCAAAGAGUAACUAGAUACCCUCUUAUCAUUAAAAAUAUUCUAGAAAAUACACCCGAAAACCACCCAGAUCACAGUCAUCUGAAACAAGCACUGGAGAAGGCAGAGGAGCUGUGCUCUCAAGUCAAUGAGGGUGUCCGAGAAAAGGAGAACUCCGACCGAUUGGAGUGGAUUCAGGCUCACGUGCAAUGUGAAGGCUUGUCAGAGCAAUUAGUUUUUAAUUCUGUGACAAACUGUUUGGGUCCGCGGAAGUUUCUGCACAGUGGAAAACUCUACAAAGCCAAGAGCAAUAAGGAAUUAUAUGGUUUUCUGUUCAAUGACUUCCUGCUGCUGACACAAAUCAUCAAACCGCUUGGAUCCUCUGGCAACGACAAAGUCUUCAGCCCUAAAUCCAAUCUUCAGUACAAGAUGUACAAGACACCCAUAUUCCUGAAUGAAGUGCUGGUGAAACUGCCCACAGAUCCAUCAGGGGAUGAGCCCAUAUUCCACAUCUCUCACAUUGAUCGUGUGUACACGCUGCGUGCUGAGAGCAUCAAUGAGAGAACAGCGUGGGUGCAGAAGAUCAAAGCUGCCUCAGAGUUGUAUAUUGAGACAGAAAAAAAGAAGCGGGAGAAGGCAUAUCUAGUACGUUCUCAGAGAGCCACUGGAAUUGGGCGGCUGAUGGUGAAUAUUGUGGAAGGUAUUGAAUUAAAACCAUGCAGGUCACAUGGUAAGAGCAAUCCGUACUGUGAGAUCACGAUGGGCUCCCAGUGCCACAUUACCAAGACCAUCCAGGACACUCUCAACCCCAAGUGGAAUUCCAACUGCCAGUUCUUCAUAAAGGAUCUGGAGCAGGAUGUUCUUUGUAUCACCGUCUUUGAAAGGGAUCAGUUUUCUCCGGACGAUUUCCUUGGGCGGACAGAAAUACGAGUAGCGGACAUUAGGAAAGAUCAAGGCUCAAAGGGUCCAGUUACCAAGUGUCUGCUGCUGCACGAGGUCCCGACAGGCGAGAUUGUUGUCCGGCUGGACUUGCAGCUGUUUGAUGAGCCGUAGGAAGACUUGCACAAGCCGCGUCCUCCUUCCAACCCCCAAUCCCUCGGCCGCAGCGCCCUUCACAAUGGUACAUCGCCAAACUCCGGAUCCGACAUUGCCGCAUUUCUGUCUCAGAUUUUUAAUUGGGAUUGCCAUUUUCUAAGAAGAUGUCUGUGUUUUAUAUGUGGGACUCCAUUUUAGAUUGUAGCCUGUUGGUUGUUUUUUGUUUUUUUGCUUUUCUGGGUACAGAUGACCUUCGCUGUGAUAGGAAGAUUUACAUGUUCUGAAUUCCUCUCCCAUCACUAACUGCACAUAAAACAGACGGUACGUUUGAGAGUCUGGAAGGAAAUACUGCAGGUUUCAGGUCCGGCUACCCAUGAUUCCCUGCUGCUAGAGCAUGACAUGUCCUGUCAAGCUGGAACUUGUAGUUCUACACACACUGCAGAACCAUGGAAGUUGUG